AUGUUUUCAAAUACAAACUCAUAAUUCCAAAAUCCUCAAACAUCCUAAUAUGGCGGCUAUAGUCAAACAGUUCCGAUAAUAAAUUAAUCAUAAGUGGGGAAACCUGUGUACCAGCCUCAAUAGCCUUAGCCGAUGGAAGUAGAAAUGAAAAUAUACAGGGGAUAGAAUCAGGUUUCUGAGAUGUAGGUUCAUAAUCCAUAACCCAUAAAAUAAAAUGCAUCUUAAAUUGUAGUGCAGAAUCAGUUUCACGAUUCGUCUUCGGUGAAAUAAAAUUAGAAAGUGUCUUAUUUAAUAGAUUGGGUAAUGUACUUUUUGCCAAUAGGAUUCAUCAUAUUAAUUUUGAUUGUUAUGUCAUGCAUGGUUGGUGCAAAGAUAAAGCAUUUUAAUCCCGAGGGAGCACAUAAUACAUUAUCAACUUUGAAAGAUAACUUAUCGAAGAAUCCAAUUGAAGAUUUAGUGGAAGGCAAUGAAGUAGCAUCACAUACGACAAUGAUUGAUUAUUUCAGACACAAGGAUAUCGCAUGUCCUGAUGGUUAUGAAAUAGCACAAAUAGGAAAAUGGGAUGGAGUUAAGUCUGGUUGUUUAUGUGAAAAUGGAGAGACCAGUCAUUCUACCACAUGUUUUUAUAAGUCAUCAUGCAAAAGAGUGAAAUCUCAUGAUUCUGUAGAUCUCAAAAUUUGGUAAUAGAAGAGUUUCUGCAUUAAAAAGUAUGAAGACUGGCAUCAACUAACUGGAGUCGCUUGUGAUAAUGGAUAUAAGUUAUGCGGAAAUAUUUGUGUGCCUAUGACAAGAAGAUGUCCAUUGUCCAAUCUAGUGAAGGAUAAUAGUAGAUCAAACGAUGAACAUGCUAUUAAAAUAGGCAGUGAUCAUUUCAUUAAGAAAUUUGAAGAUUCUGAGCCAGUCGUAGAUUUGUAAUUGGUUCCUGGAUUGGGUUAGAGUGAAUCAUCGCCUUGUUAUAAUCACGAUUUGAAUCCAAGGUUUUAAUCAGAAAAAUAUUAUCCUUUUGCAAAAAGAGCUGAGAAAGGGUGUGAUCAGUAUUUGGAUCUUCAGAAUCAUAGAACUACUUUGAAUACUUUUGAAAUUCACAAAGUGUUUGAACAGAAUGAUUUAAAUGAUGUUCUGAAUCAAUUGCCAUUUUAUCAAAGUUACAUGAGUAAUGAAGAUACCUAUGCAUUUGAAUUAAUCAAGAGAAUUAAAAUAAAUUCGAUUCAGGAUUGUUAAAAACUAAAACCAAAUCAAGUAGAUAAGAUUUCUUCAAGUAGCAAAAGUGUGUAUCAUGCUGAAUAAUACCUCUCUUUCAUAAUUUUAUUGAUUGCAGCAAUGGCUCUAUUUUUAGUGCCAAUUCUAUAUCUAAUUAGGAAUAGAGUGUUUGAAUGGAAGGAUAUGACAGAGUUCAGAUAACCAAGAUUUUUCUGUGGUAGUGCUGCUGUUAUUGCUACUCUCUGUGUGGUGUUGGGAGCAAUCUAUUUGUAUCAUGUAGAUGGGAAUGAUGGAUUAAAGGAACAUAACCACGUGUUCUAGACAUAUUUAGAAAAGAGUUGCUUUUAAGAUUAAGGAUUGAUAUUGGCUGUUGAUUAAGUUAAUACUUUUGCAAAGAAUGUGUAUCACUCUACUUAUAGUUAUGUGAUAUUUGCGUUUUAUGGAAGUAUUUGCUAUUUUGUGAUAUUGGCUCUGUUAAUGAUUUAUUAAUUCUGGUAACACAAGAGUAAUUUUGAAAAUCCUUGGUAGUACAGAAUCUAGAAACAAUAUUAUGAAUUUUAUUGA